UAUAACUAUGCACGCAUACAGUGAGGAAGUAGCCUGGCCAUAAGCUCAUUUCUGUGCCCAGCUAAGGCUCGUGCUCAGGCUCAGAGGAUCAGGGGCCGCUCGGGGGUCUGAAGAACAGAGAGAAGGGAAUAGCCGCGACGAUGGAGGGAAUAGAUGGGACCGAGAGGUUUGACAGCCCGGGAAAGGGUAGAGGCCUGCGGGCACUGCGACAUUUUGCCGUGGGUGAGCUGGUCUUCGCCUGCCCUGCCUACUCCUAUGUGUUGACAGUGAAUGAAAGGGGAGCACAUUGUGAACACUGUUUCACCAGGAGAGAGGACCUUUCCAAGUGUGGGAAAUGCAAACAAGCAUUUUACUGCAAUGUCGACUGCCAGAGAGGUGAUUGGCCAUUGCAUAAAAUGGAGUGUGUUGCCAUGUGUGCCUAUGGUGAAAACUGGUGCCCAUCAGAAACUGUUCGAUUAGUAGCAAGAAUAAUCCAAAAACAGAAAGGUACAGCAGAGCCCACACCUUCAGAAAAGGUCCUCCUGUUGAAGGAGUUUGAAUCCCAUUUAGACAAAAUGGACAGUGAGAAAGAUGAGAUGAACCAGGCAGACAUCGCAGCGUUGCAACAUUUUUAUUCCAAACACCUUCAUGAUCUCCCUGGUGAACAGGCUCUCAUUGAGCUCUUUGCACAGGUUAAUUGUAAUGGAUUUACAAUAGAAGAUGAGGAACUGUCACAUUUGGGAUCAGCCGUUUUUCCUGAUGUAGCACUUAUGAAUCACAGCUGCAGUCCUAAUGUCAUAGUCACGUAUAAAGGCACUGUGGCUGAGGUGCGUGCAGUGAAGGAGAUCAACCCUGGAGACGAGAUCUUUAACAGCUACAUAGACCUACUCUAUCCAACAGAGGACCGUAAAGAGAGGUUAUUAGACUCGUACUUCUUCACCUGUGAAUGUACAGAGUGCACCACCAAAUCAAAGGACAAAGCCAAAAUGGCCAUCAGAAAGUUGAGCACACGACCAGAGCCACAGGAAAUUCUAUCCAUGGUCCGUUACGCAAAGAAUGUCAUUGAGGAGUUCAGGAGAGCUAAGCACUACAAGACUCCGAGUGAGUUACUGGAGAUGUGUGAACUCAGCUUGGAAAAGAUGGGAGCCAUAUUUGCAGACACCAAUGUGUAUAUGCUGCACAUGAUGUAUCAGGCAAUGGGAGUGUGUCUCUACAUGCAGGAUUGGGAUGGAGCUAUGAGCUACGGAGAGAAGAUUGUUCACCCAUACAGUGUGCAUUAUCCUGCCUACUCCCUUAAUGUUGCAUCUAUGUAUCUCAAAUUGGGACGUCUUUAUUUGGGACUGGAAAAGAAAUCUCAGGGAGUGAAAGCGUUGAAAAAGGCAUUGGCCAUUAUGGAAGUUGCUCAUGGUAAAGAUCACCAUUAUGUAGCCGAAGUCAAACGGGAAAUUCAGGAGCAGAAGUGAUGGAGAGGUGAUGGGGCAUGAAUGAACACCGGCUUUAAACACAAAACAGGAGCAGCUGCAUGGCAUGCAUAUGGCUGCUUUAACCCCCACUUACCACAUCUACAAUUUUGUCUUAAUAGUUUUGAGUAAUCUAUUUUUAAGGAUGUUCAAAAGAGCACCUUUGCUUCAUUGUGUAUUCUAUCUCAAUCUUUAAAUUUUGCUACAUGUAAAAAUGGCACUCCAAAAAUAUUUUAUGUUACAUAAAUCUCACUCUUUUCUGUUUGAAAUGAUAGACGUUUUGAAGUCUCUAGACAACAGACCAAUUAUGCCCUGUCAAGUAAAUGCUCCGAUGCAACUAAUAAUAUGUUUUUGUACACAACUCCUAAUUUUCCAAACAUGUUAGUUUUCUCAAUUUUCUGAUUUGAAUUUCAACUGUGAAAAAAAGUCAGCAUCAUGUACAAAGUAGCAACCAACCAAGCAAAGCUUGUGUAGAGAAAACCCAGUGACAGCUGUCACUUAUGUUUGUCUUACUGUACUGUUUGUUGACUGUGUUAUAUUUAUUACAUGUCAGUCUGUUCUUACAUUGAUAGUCUUGAGUUAUUGUUAAAUGGACCCCAGUUUUGCCACUGGGAAGAAAUCAACUGUUUGUCUUUUUAACUGUAUUAAUAUUGGGUGCUGAUAUUUAGGCCACUUCAUAAAAAAAAUAGCUUUGUGAGUACUCAUGCUCAAAAAGGCAAAGCACAGUAGCUUUUGUCUGUGUCAUGGAAAGUCUUGUUUCGGAAGAACCUUUUCAUUUCUAGGACUGGGAUUAUUAUUUUUUUGUUUUGUUUUGUUUUAUGGCCAAUAUAAUGGGACAGGAAUGGCCCUUUUUUUUCAAAUGUAUUGCUGUCUGAAUGUAAUUUUUUAUUUGUAUUUUAUGUACAUAAAGACACAUUUAAAGGAUCCCAAAUGAUCCCCAAAUGAUCAAAACAAUCCCUUUAAACAAUUAUUUAAUUUAAACAAAUUAUAAUUCUGGUAUUAGGGUUCUAUGGAUGCUUCUGAGACCUUAUAUCAAGCAUUUGGUACUCAAUCUUCACAAAUAAUUACCAAUGGUAUUUAUUACCUGCUAGAAUUGCAAGGAAAGAAUAUAUUGUCUCAAAUAAAAUAUGCACUACAGCAAUGCCGCGUUUAUGAUCAGUAUUGUGUGUUUUUAUUGUAGCAUCAUACACUGCAUGCCUUACAACUUUGAAAAGGGUUAUCCAAAACAUUGAGCAGACUGAAAAUGUUUCUUUUGUAACUGCUUAUAAAUUCCAGCAAACUUGUUAUCAGGCAUGAAUGAUUGUUUAGGUUGGUUGCAAUCCUUUAAUUUGUUUUCUUGUUGAUUAAUUCAAUAAAACACAUAAAUCUUA